ACGCGGCGGACGGCGGAACACGACGGGGAUGAAGGAUUCCACGGGGUGUCGAGCAACGCGGGGACGGACCGUGGUCGCUCCGCCUAUCGCACCGCCCACGCCGGUGGUUGUUGUUGCCUUCCGCUCCCUCGUCCUUCACCCUUCGCGCAGCUGGGACCUUCUCGCAGCUCGCCAGCAGGCAGCGCACACACGUCAUCCUCACCAGCGGCGAACGGCGACGGUUGGAGGCGCCCCGGGGUCACCCGUGAUCCGUCCGCGACCCAUCGGCGAUCGUCGGACUCGUCAAUGUGGACAUUAGGGACUGCCUCGGAAGUGAUCCAAGCCGUGUAUUUUGGGUGUCACCUCAGCCGAGGAAUAGUGGGCCUGAUUGGACCUCGCAGUGAUUGAGGUCGAUCGGCUGAGAUUGCGAGAUUGUGCAGCUGAGGACCGAGCGAGAGGAUCGGAGGACGACGGCGGGGGAUCGGUCGGAGCUGUCGAAGAAGGAACUCCUCGCGAUCGGAUGAGGAUGAUCGAUCUCGAUGAUGUUUAGGCAACAUCGGUCUCGGUUCAAAGUGAUUCCUCAGGUUCGAGUCUUCGGUUCGUAAUCGGUGGUCUCGUGAGUAGAAUUGACAGCUCGAAUCGCGGUGAUUGCGAGUAAAUGAACGAUGAAGCGGGAGGAGCAUCUCGACAGUAGUGUGGGCUGUUGGUGUCUAUGAACAUGGUGGACAUGGAAUGUGAAUCGAUCAGAGCGCGGCAACUGGGAAUAUGUCGAUAAUGCCGAUGGACAAUCAGGACGGUGUGAAGUUCAACACCGACGUUUCGGCUGCCGGGCUGCCUCGGAUGCUCCAUUCUCGCGAUGAAGAGAACCAGAGACUCUUGAGCUCGGUGAUGUCGGUCCGCGUCGCGAUGUGUGCAAUCUGAGAUUGACCGCGACAGAAUUGUGCAGUUACCGCGAACGGCAUGCAGAACGCGUAGCGUGGCUGGUGGGAAGAGACUUUACGCGAAACUCGAACUGUAAUCGAUGUUGCACGUUUGACAACGAGUCGGAAAUCGAUGAAAGUGUUCGGGCUGGUAGGGAAGGAGUCGUGUUGUGAGCUGUGUUGCCGGGAUCGAGAUUAGACGGUGGCAACAUUUUCACAAUUCCUGCGUACCCUGCCGCUGCUUCUUGCAUCCUCCUGUCGGGACUACAAUCGAAUCCGAUGCUUCGGAGAACACAAACGUCGUUCGACGACGACCGAAUUUUCCUUUCAAAAGCGAGAUUCAAGUCGAGCAAAAUUGCCAUGCGAAAGAGAGAAAGAGAGAGAGAGAGAGAGAGAGAGAGAGAGAGAGAGAGAGAGAGAAAGAGGUGAAACUGAAAUAAUUUCGACAAGCCCGAAGACUGAAGGUACUUCUGAAGGCGCAAGCUUUGUAACAUUAUGAGAAAAUAUCAUUCGAAUUAUACGUCACACAAAGAGAGAUCUCGGCGAAAGGUCGGUGACUCCGUGCAACUUCUCGCAUAAACAGAUCCUGAAAACGAAGAAGGCCGAGCGCGCCUGGAUCGUUAAGGGCAUUAGAAUACUCUUAAGACCCCCCCCAGGCACGCCUUUGCGGGGAUCUCUCGAGACUGCAAGGAACCCUGAGAAACGGACAAAAGAGUACCGAUCGAAGGAGGAGGAGUUGUAGCGCGAGGCGAGACGGUAUUAUUCCUCGGCGAACGGAAACGCAUGGAAGGUACACCGACAUCCGGCCACGUGUUCCCCGCCAAGGUGGACCAAUGGAAGCUGCAACACCGAGGAAGGACCAACCUGGCGCGAGGCUCCAGGAGAAGACCCGGGGCGACUCGGGCGGCGGCACGCGCCACCGCUGCGCGCGACCGGGAAUUAUUCAAAUGGAAUUCACAAAACGAGCCAGCUGCCUUCGCUUCGGCUCGGAUCCCAAAUUGGGGGAACGACCGAGGAGCCAUACGCCGUGCAUAAGGCCUUUUUAUGUCGCCCGCCAGCUCGUCCCCGCCCUCUAUUUGCCCGACAAUUUGACACCGAUUUACGGCUUCGCCCGAGUCAAAUCGCGGGCCUACCAUGCAACCAUUCGCGACGGGCAGCACAAUGGCGACCGAGACACCGACCAGCCUGCCGCCCGAGAGGGUGACCACCCCCCCGACACCCUGCCGAAAUCUGACCUUCUCCAUCGCGAAGAUCAUGGAGCCGGACAAACGACUGACCGAGCAGAGUAAUCCGGUGCCGCCGCCGCCGGCGCCGCCGCCGCCGCCGCCGCCGCCGCCGCCACCGCCGCCUCCACCGCCGACGACGACGACGACGAUCCUGCAGCAACCACCGAACAUCUCCUCGCCAUCGUACUCGGCGCACCUCAAGUCGGCGUUCGAGAAGUACGUGCCGACGCUGAGGCAUCAGGAUCUGCUCCAGCACUAUCCUGUACUGUCCAAGUAUUACCCGUUGUAUUAUCCGAGCCCGUUACUGAGGGCCUUCCCGGGCCCUCCGGCCUCGACACCGUCGGUCACGCAGAGCUCACCACCCCCGACGACGAUCCAGGAGGCCUCCUCGCGGCUGAGCCUGACGAGCAUGUCGCCGGAGAACCCGCGCGGCAAGAAGAGCCCAGCGCCGCGCAACGACCUGGCCGCCGCGAACAAGCAGAAGACCUUCACCUGCCCGGAAUGCGGGAAGGUGUUCAACGCGCACUACAACCUGACGAGACACAUGCCGGUGCACACGGGCGCCCGGCCGUUCGUCUGCAAGAUCUGCGGCAAGGGCUUCCGGCAGGCGAGCACCCUCUGUAGACAUAAGAUCAUCCACACCGCCGAGAAGCCGCACAAAUGCGUGACCUGCGGCAAGGCCUUCAACCGUAGCUCCACCUUGAACACCCAUACGCGCAUCCACGCCAACUUCAAGCCGUUCGUAUGCGAGUUCUGCGGCAAGGGCUUUCACCAGAAGGGCAACUACAAGAAUCACAAGCUGACGCACAGCGGCGAGAAGGCGUACAAGUGCAACAUCUGCAACAAGGCCUUCCACCAGAUCUACAAUCUGACCUUCCACAUGCACACGCACAACGACAAGAAGCCGUUCUCCUGCAAGAUCUGCGGCAAGGGUUUCUGCAGGAACUUCGACCUCAAGAAGCACAUGAGGAAGCUGCACGACGCGGGCUCGCCGGUGCUCAACGGGCUGGACGCUUCGGGCCAGAACCACAACCAGCAGUCUGGCUACUCGUCGGUGUAUCAUGGCCCCGAACACUCCAUCGUCAGUCCGUUCAUACUCCCCCCGCCCGGGUCCACCAGUUACCACUCCCUUAGCAAGAUGUUGUGACAGAGCGAGAACAUACACUACCCCAGGAAGACUCAGUACCCGCUUAUUCUCGGUUCACCUUGCUAUUCGGCUGACAUGGGCCAGCUGGCGCAAACUUCAAAGUGAAUGACUAGGUGGACGCGUGAGCGUGUUGACUUUCGAGCGGUUAUUCUCGGGGAGAACUUUGUAAGCGACGAGGA